AUGAGAAUUAGUCACGUGCUAAAGGUGUUUGCUUCGGUAGCGUUUGCUUGCGCUGCAGGAGAAUUGAUUUGCUCGGAGGAAUUGUUUAAGGGUUUGGGAGGCGUGCUGCCCAGUCCACGGUCCUCGUCCGAGUAUGCGAAAUGUGUGCAAGGUGUAGUGAAUAUUGUUCCCUGUCCGAGUGGUCACCACUUCGACACACUAACGAACAAGUGUUUGUAUGGGCAAGCUGUACAGGAAAUCCGCCAGGAAGUAACGUUCCAGUUUGAAGAGUUGUGCACCAACCCGAACGUUGUGGAAAUCUUCCCGAAUCCAACAAACUGCUCACAAUACAUCAUCUGCUAUGGAUUAACACCGAUCGAGCAAAGCUGUUCCAAUGGGCUGCUUUUCAACUCGCAGCUCAACGCAUGUGACAUUCCAACGAAUGUGAUUUGCGCAUACAGCUGUCCGGCAGUGGACGACCCCAACAACCCUGUAUGGCUACCGGAUUCGAGAUUGGAGGACUGUGCAAGGCACAAUCUGUGUUUCCAAGGUUCACCGCUACCAUUUUACUGCUACAACAAUCUCUACUUCGACAUCGUAUCGCGAACCUGCACAUACCCACAGUAUUCGAGCUGCCGCGUACCUGGUGUGUACUGCAACACUACCAUAACUCACAACAUUGGAAAUCCCCGAAGCUGUACAUCGUACUACGUAUGUGUGGAUGGAUAUCCUCACUUUAGAAACUGUGGUUUCGAGGAGUAUUUCUCAGAGCAGAGUGGUAUAUGUAUUCCUGGCUUUUGUGAGCCAGAUUCGACAACAACCGCUGGGUCCACCACAUACGAACCUACCUCAACGACCGGCAUGACACCAUCGAUCACGUCUACUACGGAUUGGAAUACGGCAACUACAGACUUUACCUCUACUACCAUUCCAUUCACAACAAGCCCUUCCUUUACCACUCAGGAACCUACGUCGUCUCAAGUUUCUACUACACCUGCCGAUACUACAACCAUGCCCAUUACUGAAACGACCACAUUCGCUCCAACUACUACUUUUGAACCGUCCACUCCUAUCGAUUCUACCACCUCCACGACUGUACCAGAAUCGACUACCUUUGAGCCAACUACACCCGAGCUAACAUCAAGCAGUGUAAUGACAACGCCGGACUUACCAAGCACCACAACCAUCGUACCAUCGACAACGACCGAUUCGACUACUGUCGAGCUUAGUACAACAACUUCAACACAGGAGUUUUCAACAACAACUUUAGAGCCAUCUACUACAACUAUUGAAGAACUAUCCACAACGGUCAGUGCAGAAAUUUCUACACAGGAGCUGUCGACGACAACUGUAGAGGCAUCUACAUCAACACAGGAGUUCUCUACCACAUCGACAGAUGCAACUACCAGUACUACCGUCGAGUUCAGUACACAAACUGUUUCGCAAGAAUUUUCGACGACGACCACAGAGUUUACCGAACUGUCCACUAGUACCCAAACAUCUACUGCUUCGACGACAGUUACGGAUUUCACUUCCACCACCACCGAGUUGUCUCCUACUCCAGAGGUCACUACAGAAGCAUCCACUCAGGAAGUUUCGACCACAACGUCGGAUUCCAGUACUACUAAUGAAUUGUCCACCUCUCCAGAGAUCAGUACAGAAGCAUCCACUCAGGAGCUUUCAACGGUCACAGGUGAUCAAACUACCCUGGAUGUUUCGACGACCACUACAGAUGAGUUGUCAACAUUGACUGUGACUCCAACAACGGUCGAGUUGACAACAACGUCUGCCGCUUCCACAACUACAGAGCCGGCUGUGACAACUACCACACCAGCCACCGAAACAACCACCACCACCACAACAACUGAGAUGGUGACGAUCGAUCCAAAUGAAGCUUGUCCGGGUGUUGGAGUAGUCAUUCUUCCCUACCCAACUAACUGCUACAUGUACAUCGUCUGCAUAAACGAUCUUGGCGGAGUGUCCACGUGUGCACAAGGGCAAAUUUUCAACCCAAACUCUGGUACCUGUGUGCCGGGCAAUCGAGACACAUGCACGCCGGCUUAA